UUCCGUAAAAAAGAACGUAGUAUCAGCCUUUAUUUGCAAAAAGUUAAUUGAAUAGAGAAAACAGAAAGUGCAGAUAAAAAAACGUGUUUUGGUAUGGAAACAAAAACAUUUAGCUGCUGUCAAAUUCCGCUUCCGGAACAAUAAAAAUAUCCGCGACUAUUCCGAAAGCAGAAUAGAAUAGAAGCCUAUUACUGACAUCGAUUUUUCACACGAACAACUGUCAAAACGCACCCUUCUUACAUGUCGCUCUGUCUAAACUAUGGCCAUUAUCUGGUUAGCAGAUGAUCGGGCAACACUAGUCUGGAGCUCACGUCAUUUCUUGUCAUAUUUUUAUUUUUGUUCAAACAGACAAAACAAAAAUUAUUGUACAUCACAACUGCUAGUCGAAUAUAAUACAAAGGAAAAGAUGAGCGAACCAUGGCCUGAAAAUGCAACUCUCUACCAACCAUACGAAGCCGAACAGAUACUGUUGCCGGAGAACUCCAGUUGCCUUGCUGUCAAGGCAUACCUGAAAAUGUGCAAUCUCCCGUGUGACGUGAGAUCCUGUGCUAAUGCUGAGUUUAUGUCACCCGGCGGUAGAAUGACCAAAUUGCCGGUGCUACAAGCGGGAGCUUUUGUUUUCGCAGAAUUUGAACCUAUCGUAAAUUUUGUGGAGCACAAAAGUGGUGCUAUUGGCCAAUCAUUGGACGAAGACGAAAAGGCAGAAAUGCGUACCUAUGUUUCAUUGACAGAAAAUAUUUUCACCAUGGCCGAAUAUUACAUCAGUUUUAUGGUGCCACGGGUGUAUGAAGAAGUAACCAGUCCACGUAAUGGAUGUGUUUUUCCUUGGCCCCUAAAUAAAAUACAAAAUUGGUCCAAGCAACGAACAGCGAAGAAACUGCUGAAGGUCUACCAGUGGCACGACAUGGAAAUCGAAGAUGUCAUGGACAAAGUGGAGAAAUGUUGUGAAACAUUAAACAUGAAACUAAAAGAACAUGAGGGCCCCUACUUUUAUGGGGCAGAACCUUGCGAAUUGGAUGCUAUUGUUUUUGGUCAUUUGUUUUCAGUACUAACAGUAAAUUUGCCAAAUAUGGCUCUGGCACAAAGCGUACAAAAAUUUAAGCCCUUAGUGCAAUUUUGUCGUUUUAUCGACGACAAAUAUUUUCAAAUGAAGAACACCUUGUAAACGAUCGAUGCUGUUUUGUAUUUUUAUGUUAUCCAGUCAUUAUGAAACUAAGUAUAUUUUAUGACAUGUGUUCUAUUUUUUUGUUUUUUUUUUCUAUCCUUUAAUGAACAAAUUUUUAUUGUACCAUAGAUUUAACUGAGCUACUAAUAAAUUGUUGACGCGGACGUUUUCUCUUCCGAA